UAAAGCAUCAAGUGCCAUUCAUCAAACGAACCGAGAUCGAGCACCUCAUGGCUCAUCCAUCUUCUCCGCAGCUCCGCUUUGGCUGUCUUUAUAUACCAAGCUCCAAUCCUUCGUAAUCAGAGACAUACAGCCGCAGACAGAGAAUGGCAUCAGUGUUACCAACAACACCAUCGACAAUUAACGUAGCGGCUUUAUGUGGGUCUCUUCGUAAAGGCUCCUACAACCGAGGCCUCAUUCGUUCCGCAAUGGAGCUAAGCAAGGGAAUCAACGGCCUGAAGAUAGAGUACAUAGACAUAGCGCCGCUGCCGAUGCUCAACACCGACUUGGAAGGCGAAGGAACGUUCCCGGCGGCCGUUGAAGCUUUCCGCCAGAAGAUAAAAGAGGCCGACAGCUUUCUCUUCGCCUCACCCGAGUACAACUACUCCGUCACCGCACCGCUGAAGAAUGCAAUUGACUGGGCCUCUAGACCACCAAAUGUCUGGGCUGAUAAAGCAGGUGCAAUUGUAAGUGCUGGAGGAGGUUUUGGCGGGGGACGGUCACAAUAUCAUCUUCGGCAGAUUGGAGUUUAUCUCGAUCUUCAUUUCAUCAACAAACCUGAAUUUUUCUUGAACGUAUUCCAAUCUCCUGCAAAGUUCGACGGUGAUGGCACCUUGAUAGAUGAAUCGGCCAAGGAGCAGUUGAAGCGAGUUCUUAUAUCCUUACUGGCAUUUAGCGAGCGCCUCAGUCAUGAUUGCUGAAAUAGCACAUGAUUCUCUGCUGAAACAUAAUAUCUGUUUCAGUAUAUACUUUGCUGGCAUUACAAGUUAUCUGAUACUUCAUUUCAAGACUGCAAGUUGUUGGACUUGCUUUCUUAUUAGUUUUUGUAUAAUUGAAGUUGGGAAUCAGACAUCAACUUGAUCCCAUGAUUAUAUACUUUUUUUUUCCUGUAAAGGUUUAUACUGGCUUGGCUUCUGUUCAUUUUGUUCAAGGGUGAUGAGAGAUCUGUUUUGUAUUAAAUGGUACAUCUUCCCAUGCGAGCAGAAGUGGUAUCAUGUUCAGGAGUUGCAUCUUUACAAGGAGAAUGAAGAAGCAGCAGCAAAGGGGGUCAAUCUAAAACUUUAGCAGUGUUUCAUUUUGAAUAUGCAAACUGAUACAUAUUGGUUCCUAAUGUUUAA